AUGUCGACCAGUGUUAGGACGCCAGUGCUUGUUUCUGCUUGGCCUCGCCCUCAGGAGGCGGAGGUGGGGAAGCUGGUGAAGUUGGAGGAGGGGAUGGGCCAGGUGCUAGAGCGGCAAGGCACGGCCCAGCGGCCACUUGUUCAGCCCUUUUUCGUUGGCCGGCGAUUGUUGGUGGAUUUCAACCAUCCACUGGCCGGAAAAGCGGUGAAGCUCGCAUUGACACUGCUGAGUUGCGAGGAGGUGCCGGCCAAAGAGGUCCGAGUGACACUGCUGAGCCCUGGAGAUGGGGCGACGUAUCCCAACUUUGGAGAUUUGGCGACUUGGACAGUGACUUUGCACAUGGAGCUAUGGCUGGAGUCUGGGAAGCUGCUCUCAAGCACUCGAGCUGGCGACCCCAUGCAGUACCAUUUGGGCUUAGACUCUGGGCCAGGACGCGGUUUUGAACAAGGCAUUCAGCAGCUGUCCUUGGGUUCCAAAGCCCAGCUCCACGUGCCCUCGCGCUUAGCCUAUGGAAGUCAGGGAAGUCAGGAAGAGGGCAUCCCGCCCAAUGCGGAUUUGCUGUACAAAGUGGAAGUCUUGAUCACUUGCGAUGGAGUGGUGAAGCUCUGCGAUCUUUGCUAUGGCCGAGGGAUGGAUGAGCCCUUACGCCCCUACACCCCUCUGGUGCCUGGCCUAGAGAUUUAG